GUUUUCAUUAUUCAGAUAAACGGGUACGGAACGGAACGAGGGCACGCAAUGCGGAUGCCUCCAGCUCCACGACGUGCGUAACAAUAGUACAAACUAGAAUUCCAAUAAGUUAGACUAGAGCCCCUUACCCCCCACCUUCUCGACAAUAAACGAAUUCCCCGACAAUCCAUGCCAAAAUGGUGCCUCAAGCUGUGAAGCUGCUGCAGACGUCGCUGGGCCAGUGGACGCGAGGCGUUAUCAAGGUGAAGAUGCACCCCAUGGCCAAGGGGGCUCUCACAUACGCGAUCAUGUGGCCCACGGGCAGUUUGAUCCAGCAGGCGCUGGAGGGACGCAAUCUUAAAGACUACGACUGGGCCCGGGCCCUACGCUUCAGUCUGUUCGGUGCCCUUUACGUGGCCCCCACACUCUACGGCUGGGUGCGACUCACCAGUGCCAUGUGGCCGCAGACGAACCUGCGCACGGGCAUUGUCAAGGCCGUCACAGAGCAGCUCUCCUACGGACCCUUCGCUUGCGUCAGCUUCUUUAUGGGCAUGAGCCUGCUGGAGCUCAAGAGCCUGGGCGAGGCCGUCGAAGAGACCAAGGAGAAGGCGCUUCCCACCUACAAGGUCGGCGUGUGCAUCUGGCCCUUCCUCCAGACCAUCAACUUUUCCCUUGUGCCGGAACACAAUCGCGUCGUCUUUGUGAGCAUCUGCAGCCUGAUGUGGACCAUCUUUCUCUCCUACAUGAAAACGCGUCACUCCGAGGAGCAGACGGAGAGCGAGCACAGCACCACGGAUCAUCUCUCCUCUACAUAGUCUCCUCCCUCCGUUGUUGUUUGCUGUUUUCGUGUUUCCUUAGGCAAAAAAUUAGAUAGAAUUAGCGUAC